UUUUAAUGGCCUUUUUAUCGCCUACCAACUUUCCCUUAUUAUAAUUGAAGUAACUCAAAGGUGGUAGGGGUUAAAAUGGACAUUGUCUAUUGCUGUUAGUCUUUCUUGAAACAAUUGAAAUCGUAGCGCUUCAAGAUUGCCGGGUACUUUUGGCGGCUGCUGCAGUUGUUGCGCGUGUGUCUUAAGGCGGACUACGUCUUCCAGUAUUCCUUGUGUGUUACAUUCAUUCUCUCCAGUAUUUAUACAUAAUGAAAAUUAUAAAAUCGUCUGAAACUGUUAAGGUGCCUCCAGGCAUAAAAGUAAAGGCCAUUAAAAGAGUGGUUUACGUCAAAGGUCCUCGUGGGUCACUGAAACGCGACUUCGGUCAUUUAUCCCUAGACAUCAAAGUUUUCUCAAAAAAGGUUGUUGUAACGAAGUAUUUCGGCAACAGAAAAGAGCUGGCUGCUGUUCGAACAGUUUGUUCCCAUAUUGGAAAUAUGAUAAAAGGUGUUACAUCUGGAUAUCGUUAUAAAUUGAAAUCCGUUUAUGCCCACUUCCCCAUCAACAUGAUUCCAUCCAACGAUGGUUCCAAAUUGGAGAUCCGCAACUUUUUAGGAGAAAAAGCCAACAAGCUUGUACCUAUGGAACCAGGUGUGAAAAUCUCCGCCACUGGAGUGAAAGAUGAAAUUCAGGUUGAGGGCAAUGAUAUUGAAAAAGUCGCAAAAUGUGCUGCCCUCAUUCAACAGUCCUGCAAGGUCCGACACAAGGAUAUUCGUAAAUUCCUUGAUGGUAUUUAUGUAUCUGGCAAAGAAGCUAUUGUAGCUAAUUGAAUAAAAUAUAGCUAACCUCGGAACAUGACUUCUGGUUUUUCAUGGAUAAUAUCUGGCGUCCUGAUCUCCCGCCUACAUUCAUAGUGAAAGUAUCAUUGUUAUCAGUAAAGUGAGUUCUGGGUAGUUUUAGAAAAAAAUUUUAAUCAUAUUUUUUUUUGUAAAUUUUUAUGAAUUCAAAGCAGCUAUAAUGACAUUAAAUCUGUUGAAUAUAUAAAUAUAUAUCUUAUAUAUAAGGUUCAUUAG